UCUCAAUAUUAGCGGAAGCAGCUGUUCCUAUAAUUCAAACUCUCCUCUCUUACCAUUUCCCAAGAUCUGCUUUCCCUCUUCACUAACCUUUUCUUUGCUUCAACUCUGAAUGUGAUCUUCCAAGUUCCAAUCUUUUUCUACACAUUUGAGAUCUGUCACUUUGUUACACUCCAGGAUCAAAUUAAGGAAUGCCAAGAAAAUGGGGAGGAAAGGAAAUUGGUUUUCUAGCGUGAAGAAGGCUCUCAGCCCUGACCCAAAGGAGAAGAAAGAUCAGAAAUCAAGUAAAUCUAAGAAGAAAUGGUUUGGGAAGCAAAAGUUGCAGACUUCAGUCUCAUACCCAGAAACUGAUAAAACACCACCAUCUAUUCCUCCUCCACCAGAAGAGAUUAAAAUAACUGAUAUUGAAACUGAAAACAGUCAUGAUCAUGAUCAUGUUGUUGAAGUUGCAACUGCCAUGGAUGCUGAGGAACCCGUUCCUUCUGUUCAGAUAGAACCUGUUAGGGUUGAACCUGCCCCAAUUGCUCGUUUUGCUGGUAAACCAAAGGAUGAAGUGGCAGCAAUCAAAAUUCAAACAGCUUUUAGGGGACACUUGGCAAGAAGGGCAUUGCGGGCUUUAAGGGGGUUGGUCAGGUUGAAAUUAUUGAUGGAAGGCCCGGUUGUAAAACGCCAAGCCACAAGUACCCUCCGCUCUAUGCAGACGUUAUCUCGCUUGCAGUCUCAGAUUCGUUCCAGGAGGAUCAGAAUGUUAGAGGAGAAUCAAGCUCUGCAGAGACAGCUCUUACAGAAACAUGCAAGAGAGCUUGAGAGCAUGCGGAUGGGAGAGGAAUGGGACGACAGCCUACAAUCAAAAGAACAAAUCGAAGCCAAGUUACUAAGCAAGUAUGAGGCAGCUAUGAGAAGAGAAAGGGCACUGGCUUAUGCAUUCACUCAUCAGCAAAACUGGAAGAACUCAUCUAGGUCUGUAAAUCCAAUGUUCAUGGAUCCAACCAAUCCUACAUGGGGUUGGAGUUGGUUGGAACGAUGGAUGGCAACCCGGCCUUUGGACAGCCAUGGCCAGAUGGAUAAAGAGUUGAAUGACCAUUCAUCCAUAAAAGGCUCAAGCCGCAGCAUUACCGGUGGAGAAAUCAGCAAGUCAUUUGCUCGUUUCCAGCUCAAUUCUGAAAAGCAAUCUCCAUCAGCCAGCCAAAAUCUUGGCUCGCCAAGCUUUCAGUCUACUCCUUCCAAGCCAGCUUCAUCAUCUGCUAAGAAAACAAAGAAGGCAAGCCCAAGGGGCAGCUGCAUUACAGAUGAGGACUCGAAAAGCUUGGUCAGUGUACAGUCAGAUCGGUUCCGGAGGCACUCCAUUGCUGGUUCUUCGGUGAGAGAUGACGAGAGCCUUGCUAGCUCUCCAGCAGUUCCAAGCUACAUGGUGCCAACUCAAUCUGCAAAAGCCAAGUCCAGGACACAGAGUCCAUUAGCCCCAGAAAAUGGAAAAACUGAGAAAGGAUCUUUUGGAACUGCAAAGAAGCGUCUUUCUUUCCCAGCUUCACCUGCCAGACCAAGGCGCCAUUCAGGGCCACCAAAGGUAGAAAGCAGCUUAAAUGCAGAGUUAGCUGUGGACAAUGGUGUGGCCAGUUGAUCUUACAAGUCAAAGGAUUGAAAGCAUUAAAGUAGGAUUGAAAAUAUCACUGAAGAAAUAAAAACAAAGAGUUUACUUAAAUUGAGUGUUCCAUUUAUUUAUUUCUCCUAUUUUAUUUGUAUCCUAACUUUUUUGGAGGCUUUUGAUUUGGGGUGAAAAUUGUUUUACUUACUAUAUUUUAUCAAUUUGUAUUUUCAUUUACUUUAGCACUAUUUGCCCUGAGGGGAAGGAAUGUGGUUCAUGAUGGUCAAAUGACAGAAGGACAAAUGAACUGGCCGAAUCCUUUCUGUGCUUCCCCAAUCAAGGGCAAGUAUAAUUCUGGUCAAAGUUCCUCAUUCUUGAUUCUUAGCUGUGACAUAAAUGUAAAUUGAAUUUCAUUGUCUCAUUUCUUUGAUGAUACUAUGUUUUGCUUUGAA